CCCGCCUGAGCACUAUCGCUCGCUCGUGAUUGUUGAGCCUCUGCUCUCGUGAUGUGACACCCUCCGCGACUGCUCUCUCACCAUGAAUGUCCGCAAGCUCACCGUCGCCGUCUCGCCCCAAGCCCGCGCAUCCUACCUCGCCCUAUGCACCAUCGGCCGCCGCGCAUUCUAUACCCGAGGUCCCACACAGUCUGCAUACCACCGCUCUGACUUCAGCGGCCAGGGCUUCUCAAGCUUCUAUGAGACCGACCAGCCAACACGUGGCCCGCUGGGAGGCACGUCCAACGUGGAAGGCAGUCACAUAACGCCCAAGGCGCUGAGACAGCACCUGGAUCAGUUCGUUGUCGACCAAGAGCGCGCCAAAGUAGUGCUGAGUGUCGCCAUACACGAGCAUCACCUGCGCAUACAAGAGCUUCGGCGACAGAGGGAUGAGCAAGCUAGGCUGGAAGCGCAGGCGCAGCGGAGAGCGUCAGCGUUCAAGCAUCCCGUAGAAGACGAGUUUCCAGGUCAGCAGGCAACUGUGCAUGUCUUCAACCCUGCAGAUCCACCGUCGUAUAGCGAUCCUUCCUUCACGCCGCAUUCGUCAGCGCCGCCGGAAGCUGAACCCUUGCCAGAACCCUUUGCCGAACCGUUGCAGAUAGACAAGUCGAAUGUGCUCAUACUAGGACCCACUGGCGUCGGCAAGACACUGAUGUGCAAAACUCUGGCGAAGACGUUAGGCAUUCCUAUCUCCAUGUCUGACUGCACAACCUUCACACAGGCUGGCUACAUUGGAGAUGAUGUGGAACAGUGCGUGUCUCGACUCUUCUCUGCCGCAGGCCAUGAUAUCGAAGCCACUGAACAUGGCAUCAUCGUGCUGGACGAGAUCGACAAGAUCGCCUCGGCCAAAAUGUCGUAUGGGAAGGAUGUCGGUGGUGAAGGUGUACAGCAAGCGUUGCUAAAGAUCAUUGAGGGCACAACCGUACAAGUGCGUGCUAAACCAGAGAAGAGCACUGGAAAGAGUCCCAGUAGCACAAGCGGUUAUCCGCUGGACAGCCCACGAAUCCCGCUUUCAGGUGGAGCCCCAGGCGGAGGCAAAGACGAAGUGUUUAACAUACGUACUGACAAUAUCCUCUUCAUAUGCACCGGUGCAUUCGCCAACCUACACAAGGCCAUCUUGGACCGCAAAUCGAUGGGCGGCAUAGGAUUCGGUGCUUCGAUUCGCCAGUCAAGCUCGGAGGCAUCUGCUGAUGGAGUGAUGUUAAGAGGAGAGGAGGCGGCGCGAUUUAAGAAGGACGCCCCCUUCUUCGUUCCUCCGGAGAAACCAAACCCAUUUGGUGGUGUUCGGCAAAAGAAGCCUGAAGAGAAGGUCAACGUUCUUGAUCAUGUACAGCCGGUUGAUCUUCAGAAGUAUGGUAUGAUACCUGAGCUGAUUGGACGAAUACCUACUGUGUGUGCUGUGUCUGCUCUUGAUGAGGAGGCGCUGGUUCGUGUUCUCACCGAGCCAAAGAACAGUUUGCUCUCACAAGAGCAACACAAGUUCUACCUGCGAAAUAUCGAACUGCGCUUCACCAGUGGUGCACUGAGAGAGAUCGCACGAAAGGCCAGCAAGAUGGGCACUGGCGCCCGUGGAUUGCGACAUGUUGUUGACCAACUGCUCCUGCAAGCCAAGUACGAGACGCCUGGUUCGAGUGUCAAGCACAUCCUAGUCACGCAAGAUGUUGCCCUGCUCAAAAUCGCUCCUCUAUACUUCCACCGAGGUCAGGCUAGCGCGUUCCAGGCCACACUGACACAGGAGGAAGAGAAAUGGGAUGAAGAGCUUCGUAACAAGGAAGACUUGUCGAUUGGCCAUGUUCACUCAUUCGAAGAGUACAGGAAGGCUGGCGCGGCAGGAUUGUAAGGAAAGACUGCGGGCGAAUUGACAUGGGGUUGUCUCUUGUCGUCUGCAGGAUCUGGCAUUCCAUCAUUCAGACAGGGACUAUGUUGGUGCGGAGCGUUGAAGCGGUGCAUAUAUGCUUGAGCAUAUGCCGAAGCGCAAUAAAGAUGGUGUGUGGUCCGCGGCACCAGGCCGCUGCAGACGCCCAGAUGCUAUUCUUGAUGGGCAUAUAGUAGCGUGGAGGAGGUCAGUUCGAUUCGUUGUAGAUAAUUUCAACCGCUCAUAGAGCAUUUACGAAGUAAUGGAAAUGAUUCACG